AAAGCCUCAUGUGUUGGGAGUGUGCAUUUCAUGCCCAUGGGCUGGGAUGUGUGAAUACUUGUUGCCUUUUAGGCCAUACAAGCGACAUGGCUCUGAAGCUGUACAAGAGGAUCUCAUACGAGUUUUAGAGUAUGAACUAGACUGGCUGAGCAACCCAAGCUUUUGUGUUGGAACCAUAGCAUCUCUGAGCCCACAAACUGAAGAGGCCACAGCCCCUGUUUUGGAGGGGUCGCUGCUGACAAGAAGUCCUCUGAAAUCAGAGCCUUCAGAUGAAAGUGACUUUAACAAAAAGUUCAAACAAGCAAGCCGAAAAAAGAAGAAAGAGAAGAAGAAAAAACGGAAGCAUCAGCAUCAUAAGAAGACCAAGAGAAAACGUGGGCAGUCGAGCUGCAGUGGAUCUGAGCCAGAUACUGACUCUGAAAAGGGCAAAUCUUCCAGGAGCACUCAAGACAGUAAAAAAGAAUCAGAGAAAUUGAAUCAGGAAAACAAUGCUGCUGCUGAUGUUGGCCAUCGCUUUGUUUGGCUUGAGGACGUCCAGGCUCUGACAGGAGAAACCUUCAGAACAGAUAAGAAACCGGAUCCUGCAAACUGGGAGUAUAAGUCCCUCUACCGGGGAGACAUAGCGAGAUACAAGAGGAAAGGAGACUCCUGCCUUGGCAUUAACCCUAAGAAGCAGUGCAUAUCUUGGGAGGGGGCUCCCACAGAGAAGAGGCGCUCGCACAGGCAUGUGGAGCGCUACUUUACGAAGAAGAGCGUGGGCUUGCUGAGCAUCGACGGGGUUGCCAUCAGCAGCACAGCAGAGCCGCCCUCCUCGGAGCCAGUCUCGUUCAUCCCGGUGAAGGAUUCGGACGAUGUGGGUCCCCCCGUUACAACCUGGCUGAAUCCUCUGGGCAUCUAUGAUCAGUCCACCACACAGUGGUUACAAGGACAGGGUCCUUCAGAGCAGGAGCUGAAGCAGCCGGACGCACAGCCAGACAGGGAGAGUGCGCUUCUCAAGGCUAAGGUGGAGGAGUUCAACAGGAAGGUUCGGGAAAAUCCUCGGGACAUCCAGCUAUGGAUGGCAUUUGUUGAUUUUCAGGACGAGGUCAUGAGAAGUCCUGGCCUGUAUGCCAUCGAGGAGGGUGAGCAGGAGAAGCGCAGGAGGUCGCUGAGGCUGACUCUGGAGAAGAAGCUGGCCAUUCUGGAACGGGCCAUCGAAAGCAACCAGAGCAGUGUGGAUCUGAAGCUCGCCAAGCUGAAGCUCUGCUCCGAGUUCUGGGAGCCUUCAACGCUGGUUAAGGAGUGGCAGAAACUGAUAUUUUUACACCCCAACAAUACUGCCCUUUGGCAGAAGUACCUUUUAUUUUGCCAGAGCCAGUUUAGCACCUUUUCCAUAUCCAAAAUCCACAGCCUGUACGGGAAGUGUUUGAGCACCCUGUCCGCCGUCAAGGAUGGCAGCAUCUUGUCUCACCCCGCCCUGCCCGGCACCGAGGAGGCCAUGUUUGCGCUCUUCCUGCAGCAGUGCCACUUCUUGCGGCAGGCUGGUCAUGCGGAGAAGGCGGUCUCCUUGUUCCAGGCCAUGGUUGACUUCACCUUCUUCAAACCCGACAGUGUGAAAGAUCUGCCCACCAAAGGACAGGUGGAAUUCUUUGAGCCCUUUUGGGACAGUGGAGAGCCCCGGGCUGGGGAGAAGGGUGCCCGAGGCUGGAGAGCGUGGAUGCACCAGCAGGAGCGCGGUGGCUGGGUGAUCAUCACUCCAGAUGAGGAUGACGAUGAACCAGAAGAUGAAGACCAGGAAAUCAGAGAUAAGACACUGCCCAAGUGGCAGAUCUGGCUCGCAGCUGAGCGGUCCCGAGACCAGAGGCACUGGCGGCCGUGGCGCCCUGAUAAAGCCAAGAAGCAGACUGAGGAAGACUGUGAGGAUCCAGAGAGACAGGUGCUGUUUGAUGACAUUGGACAAUCCCUGAUCAGACUCUGCAGCCGGGAUCUGCAGUUUCAGCUGGUCAUGGCCUUCCUACAGUUCCUGGGCGUGCCCUCUGGCUUCAGCCCCCCGGCCUCCUGCCUCUAUCUGGCCAUGGACGAGAGCAGCAUCUUUGAUAGUGGACUUUACGAUGAAAAGCCAUUGACUUCUCUCAGCCUUUCGUUUUCCGGCGUCAGCUGUGUGGGCCGCACGGACCCACUGGGCUGCCGGCGCUGGACCAGGGGUCACAAUCGAGAAGGCGAGGAGUUCAUCCGCAACCUCUUCCACCUUGUGAUGCCUUUGUUUUCAGGCAGAGAGAGUUCUCAGCUCUGUUUCUCCUGGUUGCGGUACGAGCUUGCAAAGGUCGUUUGGUGCCUGCGCACUAAAAACAAGAAGAGAUUAAAGUCACAAGGAAAGAACUGCAAAAAACUAGCCAAGAAUCUCCUUAAGGAGCCAGAAAAUCGUAACAAUUUUUGCCUCUGGAAGCAGUACGCACAUCUGGAGUGGUUGCUGGGCAACACAGAGGAUGCCAGGAAAGUUUUUGACACAGCGCUCAGCCUGGCGGGGGGCAGAGGGCUGAAGGACUGCGAGCUCGCUGAGCUCAGUCUCCUCUACGCGGAGCUGGAGGCGGAGCUGCUGCCCGACGCAGGCAGGGCCGCCACGGCCCGAGCUGUCCACAUACUGACCAGGCUGACGGAGAGCGGCCCCUACGGGUCCUACGCCGGCCAGGUCAUGGCCGUGCACAUUUUGAAAGCCCGGAAGGCUUACGAGCACGCACUGCAGGACUGUCUGGGCGAGGGCUCUGCCUCUGACCCGGCUCCCUGCAGCUCCGACCCGGCACCCAGUGGCUCCGAUCCCGCUCCCAGCAGCUCCUCUAGCCGCCUAGUUAGUGUGGCCAAGUGCUUUAUGCUCUUCCAGUAUUUGACCGUAGGCAUAGAUGCUGCUGUGCGUGUGUAUGAGCAAGUGUUUGCCAAACUGAAGGACUCAGUUUCCCCCGAAGACCGUGACCUGGUGGCGAGUGCCAGCCCCCCGAGUCUAAGCCGUGACCUGGAACCCCUCACGCUGCUGCACACGAGCCUGCUCCGCUUCCACAUGACCGUCAGCGUGUACCCGCUGGCGCCGCUGCGUGAGGCGCUCUCAGAGGCUUUAAAGUUGUAUCCGGACAACCAGCUUCUUUGGAGGUCUUAUGUACAGAUUCAAAAUAAGUCCCACAGUGCCAGUAAGACCAGAAGAUUCUUUGAUGCCAUCAUCAGGUCUGCCAAACCCUUGGAGCCGUGGUUGUUUGCUAUUGAAGCCGAGAAAAUGAGGAAAAGACUGGUGGAAACGGUUCAGAGGGUCGAUGGUAAAGAGGUCUAUGCCACAAUUCCCGAGACCGGCCUAACACACCGGAUCCGAGGCCUGUUUGAAAACGCCAUGCGGAGCGAGCAUGCCAGCCAGUGCCCCCUGCUGUGGAGGAUGUACCUGAAUUUUUUGGUUUCCUUAGGAAAUAAAGAAAGAAGCAAAGGUGUGUUCUACAAAGCGCUUCAGAAUUGUCCCUGGGCAAAGGUGUUGUACAUGGACGCUGUGGAGCACUUCCCUGACGAGAUGCAGGAGAUCCUGGACCUGAUGACCGAGAAGGAGCUACGGGUGCGCCUGCCAGUGGAGGAGCUGGAGCUUCUGCUUGAGGACUAGGGCCACGCCACUGAGGCCGCGGCGGAGCCAACAUGCAGGAGACAGUCAGCGCGCCUGCCAUGGUGAACACACCCACUCCGUCGCUUCUUGGCGUCCCGCAUAUCCUCGGGGUCUCCAGUUGAGGUCUGAGAUCAGUUUGGACUUACUCAGCACUAGGACCUCCUCCCUGGGCUGCUUAAGGUAACAUUUCCCCCUAUCUUCAGAGCAGUGGGGAGUCAGUCACUUAAAACUGGUCAUCUGACCUGUGUUGAGCAUAUCAUUACUCCCCAAGACCUACUACUUGGUGACCCCUCCAUCUGCGGACCAGGAGUGUCCCUGGGGGCUUGUUAGGAAUGCAGGGCUGGCCCUGCCUGGCUGAGGCAGAGUCUGCCCUAGGUCAGGACUCCCUGGGACUUGUGUGCACAUUCCAGUAUGGAAAGCACUGAAGAAAAAAGGGCUCUGCUACAGGGCAGCUUGCCGGGACCCCCUCUCAGAGUAAAGCGGAGCCUGGAGCCAGCGCCUUCCUACCAAGCCCAGCCCUGUGUGCUGAAGGUCUGCUUGGCCCUGGUGUGCUUGAAAUAAAAAGGUCCAGAUGGGCCACAUUCUUGAUUUCCGAGGGCUGUGAAUGGAAUGUAGUGUAAAUAUCUAUAUUCAGACCACUUUCUUCGAAAAGAUUUUCGUGCCCUGCAGUCAUUUUCAUUGUUAAAGCAAUUUCUUCACAACCAUUGUCUUCUGACGGUUCUGGUCUUUAAAAACUGGACAGCUACCAUGCUUUUAGAAGCAAAUCAUGAUCUCUAGAAAUUUACAUAUUUCUUUGGUGCCUUGUCCAGAAAAGCCAGUAUCAUGGGGAUCUCUGGCUAGAAACCGAUGACAGUGGUUGGGAAAGAGCAGCACAGAGCACUUUCUAGAGCAGUCUCAGCCCACCCUGGCGGCCAGCCAGGCAAGCAGACACAGCCUAGAUCCAUGGCUUUCAGACGGACUACCGGGAAAGGACGACACAGGGAAGGAAAUGGAGAAAGGGAAGGGGAGGCUCAGUCUUGAACGCGCUUGAGAAGGAUGAGGUUUCUGAACCCAACAAGGGCAGGCAAGCCAGGUUCUUCGGCCCUAACCUUUCAGAUAUCUCUUAGGAACUUCAGCCUCGUGCAACACCCGUGCUUGCUUUUCUUGUUCCCAGAGUGCUGAGACCCCCCAAGCUGUGCCUAAAACUUCAAACGAAAAGCUGUAUUUCCUCCUUCUGAAGCCACAUGAACCAAGCUUUGUUGCCUGAAUAACAAAGACCACCAGCUAUGCCCUGCUUUUCCUUAGCUGCUUUUGUGUGUGUCCACCACAGCGCUAGGGGUGUGAUGUAGGGCAACAGGGACUGAAGUCUGCACUUGGUAAUUGCCCAGAAGCUUCCUAGCACCUGACCUGCCCACUUGCUGCUGCUGAGUGGCAGGUGAGAAGGCUCCAGAAACAGGUGGAGGUGUUGAGAAAAAGCACAAUUUAUUGCGAGAGCACUGCAUGUGACCGACAGACGGAAGCAGCCCGGUGGGCACACUACACACCAUGCUCAAGAAGGUACACAGGACGUCUGCUAAUCAAGAUUCAAGUGGAACGUGGAUUCCUUUGGGCAACUUCCCCAACCUCAUCCCUCAAGGGGUCAGCACACUCCCCUGACAGGCAACUCUGACUGGCUAGAGAUAGAGCCCCUCGGGGGUGCCUUCUUGUUUUUUAUAAAGAACAUUUUCUUUAGAUUUUUUGAAAUCUUCAUUUGUUACUUUCAUUCUGCGUUCUCUCAAGGCCAUCAGACCAGCUUCAGUACAGAUUGCCUGUAAGAAAGAACAGUAUGUUCAGAAUCAAAUACUUUUUAUUUUUAGUCUAACAAAUAAUUCAGAGAGAGCUAUUCUGAAAUAAGAUAUAAGACACCCAGACUGGAAACACAGUGUUCAAGCCGUCUGGGAAAAUAUUAAAUGUUGAAUUUCAAGCAUCCUAAUUAUUUUCUCCAAGGAUCGGAGGUGCCUUAAGCUGGAGUAACUAAGGAAGAGGACUGGCCCAGAAUAGAGGCUUUGGGUUCCAACCAGUUGUGUGGCCCAGCCAGUGCGUUCUCACAGCCCUGCAUUUGUUCGAGUAGUAAAUAUUCCUAGGAAAACAGAUGAAAUCAUACCUGGGAAGUUAAAGGCAAUCUAGAGUCUAUUUCUACAGUCCUGAGAGACCAUACAGUACUGUGCUAAUACUAAAAGCAAAACCCCAUGGAACAGAGUCAUGAGUCCUGGCACUGAAGCCCUCUCACUGCCGCCGCCAGGACGCCGAUUUCAAAUGGCCCAGCAGAAAGGCGAUGCCUCACUUCAGCACAGGUGUCGGCAUGGACAGGCCGCACGUGCGCCGUCUCUGCCGACCUUGGCAUUUAUCCCUGAGAAACUAGGCACUCCCAAGAGGAGCAGGUGGUAUCCAGAUGCACCGCCUAAGCCUCACUGGUCAUAUCCUAACUCAUACACGGGAAAAAGCCAAGAGGUACAAACUGGGGCCUGAACGCAGAGGUGUAGGUGCUUGCCCUGUGGCUCAGAGGUGAGCUCUUCCAGCCAAUACCACCUCCCCACCUGGGCCCGAGCAGCUAUCUCUGACACCCCUCACAGAGUAACCUGGGCCUAGAAGAGGCUGCAGUAAACAUAGUGCCAGAGAUUUAUGCUUGUGACCAUAGGUGACUUAGGGUCAUUUAUUUCCUAAAAUACUUCAAAAGUGAAUCUCCUAUUUGAGCAUAAGGAAAGGUGACCUGACAAUUACAAAGCUAAAACCCAGACAGCACAUACCGUGCUUAACUAUCACCCCAAAAGCACACACUAUCUCCCAACUGAUAGGGCCCAACCAGCUCAGGUUCUCACCUUGAUGUCGGCACCAGAGAGGUCAUCUUUAGCCAUGAUCAAGUCGUCCAGGGUGACGUCAUCAGCCAGUGUCAUCCGGCUUGUGUGAAUCUGAAAGAUGCGCUUCUUAGUCUUUUCAUCGGGCAGGGGGAACUCAAUCUUCCUGUCAAUGCGGCCUGCAGGUACAAAAGGGUUUCAGUCAUACCCCCAGAGAGAGGCCUUAGCUCACACUGCAAUUUCAGCCAGACAAGUGUCCUGUGGGAAGAAUGCCCAAAUUGUGACAAGCUCACGUUUGUUUCUAUAGUUUGUCAUUUUCUAUACUAACUUCAUCCCAUUUAAAGGAAAUCCUUUGCUCUGUACCUUCUGAAACAAAAGAAAAGAUUGGUCCCGGAAUGGCAUUUUUAGUGGAAAAGGACAUAUCAAGCUUAGGACACCUAAUGCUCCACAAUGAGACAGACGCGAACCUUACCUGGUCUGAUAAGUGCUGGAUCCAAAGUCUCUAUCCGGUUUGUGGCCAUGAUAACUUUCACAUCGCCCCUUGAAUCAAACCCAUCCAGCUGGUUCAACAGUUCCAACAUUGUUCGCUGAAUUUCUCUCUCACCACCAGAAUUUGAGUCAUAUCUUUAGAAAUGAUGAAAAGGAAUGAAGUUAAACUAAUCUCCUUCAACAUUCUGGUCUCAACUGAGUGUCACUCCCUCAAUUAUUCUAGCAUAAAAAUCAGCAGCAAUCCAUCCUGACUGGCCAAGUUAUUUUCACAGUAUUUGCUUUGUGGCAAUUUACAAUUACCUAUUCUGUCUCCACGUUUGGGGCAUGAUCCCCUAACCCGACUGUCAGCACCUCAAGGGCAGAGACUGUGAUCAUGGCUGGGGCCCCCGGGUCCCAAUGGUGCCUGGCUCGGAGCAGUCUCCAGGCAGUCCAGUUCCCAGUUCCUGGACAGUUAGAACCUGGCACUUGGGAAAACAGAGCCUCAAGCAUCCAGAGAGCACACACAGCAGGAACUGUGCAGCCCAGCGGGGAAGGAAAAGCUACAUGGUUCUUGCCUCUAAGCACUGCCAAAAAGGUGAGAGAAAGGUUACCUUUUUGUGCCAAUGGCAUCAAUUUCAUCAAUAAACACGAUGGAUGGUGCGUGUUCUUCAGCAACUCUGAACAGUUCCCGUACGAGUUUAGGCCCAUCGCCUAGGUACUUCUGGAUAAGUUCUGAGCCAACCACUCUCAAGAAAGUGGCCGAGGUUUGGUUUGCUACUGCUUUGGCUAAUAAGGUUUUACCUAUUUUAAAGAAAAAACAAAAAAAACUUUUAAACUUAAAAACUCUGUUACUACUUUAAGUGGACAUCGACGGUGGGCAGACCUCAGAGAUAGAAAGGAGCCACCAUCCAGGCGUCUUGACAUACUCCAAAGUAGGUAAGAGGAAAUUUUUAAAAAUACCUACUAGAUGACGUUUUGGUCAUUUUUAACUAUUUUCAUCAUCGUAAUGACAGAGGAUCCUUUUCAUUGGUUAUUCCAAGUUGCAUCUAUUAGCCUAACCCAUUCAUCCCAGGAUUAGAGAACCAAACUACAUUUCUAUGAAGCGCUCAGUGAUAAUGGUCUGGGAAUUCCAGGUUUGACCUGAAGGAACAUAGUCUGUGGUGUGGCCCUUAGGAGGAAAUUCUCACCCAUCUCAGGGAAGACCUCAUUCAUUUCCAGUCUUGCUCUAGUUUCUGAUAUUUCUCUUUCAGAUCAAAAACAAAUCAGCAAAGAGCAUUAUGAGAAUGUUAAGAGCUAGAAAACCUUUAGUCCCAUUGACAGUGAGCUCUGUGCACUCACCUCAGGAGAGAGAGGCAGAGCUGGUAAAAAGCUCUGGGUUUGAGGAGUAGGGGGAGGCCAGCUGGUGAGUGUCACAGAAAACUUGAUGGAACAUGUGACAGUAGUGCUCCCUUUAGUCAGGCAGGCAGGGUAGCAGGUACAGAGGCUUAUUAGAAAGCUGGACUAUUCGAGAACAUCAAUUAGGGUGGCAAAGGACAAAAAGGAACUUCCUAAGUGGACAGGAUCUUACAGUCGAGCUGCUAGGAUGCUUCAAUGGCCAGAGAUUUAACACUUCCUCCUCUGCCACAUCCCAGCUCCUCACAGUGCACAGGCCCCAGAGAGGACAUUGGGCUGCAGGCAGGAGGCCUGUAUUCCUGCUCCAGGCCUACUCUGAGCUCAGCCUCAGAGCUACUGGGCCUUGGGCAGGUCACUGCCUCUCGAAAUGCAUUCUCCCGAGUUGUAGAAUGACAGACUGUAGCAGCUCCAAGGCUGCCUACAGCUGUUACCUUGGGCCUCCAGUGGUAGUGCUCAGCACAGAUUCCUGCACACUUUGAAGUCAUUCAAACAAUCAACCCUUUUCCUUUGGAAUUGACAUGGCAAUGAAUUACUAAGUCCUGGACUGUACAACUCAGGACAGCUUACUACACAGUGAACCAAGUACAUGUGGGUUUUAUCUUUAUCUACUGUUAUAUUCAGUACUAAUGGACCAAGAGAAUGAACUUAAUCUAAACACCACAAAAUAGCUGUUAAAUCAAUGGCUCUCCAUCAUGGCUCUCAUGCUUGGCCAUACUGCAGAGAACCUUCAGGGAAAGAACCAGGAAUCAAUUUUUAUUUUUAAGCUCCCAAGGGGAUUCCAAUAUACAGCCAAGACUGAAUACCCAGUCUUACCUUUCCUUACAAGUUAUUCUUAAUAGGCUCACAUUACUCACAAAUAAUUGAAAAUCUUGUUUUAUAACCUAUUAAUCUAGUAUUUGAUUGAACAUAGUAGAGAAGUUCUUGAACUGUAAAUGUGUUCACACUGAACAAUCUGCAUGGGAGUGGGAGGAGGAGUCCACUGGUGCUUUCUUUUUAUUGCAAUCACUACUACCAUUUUAACAUAUUAGCUGAUGUCUACAAUUUCAAGUCCAAGACAGUCAGGUUACUUAGUUCCUCUAUUACACAGAUAAACAUACUUUUGGGUAACAGUUAUGUUUCUAGAUGAGUUGCUUAUUCAAAAAUGUCCCAUAUGUAGCUUUGAGCACUCUGUUUUAAGGAAAUUUUGGCACCCUCACUCUCAAAAGAUCAGUAGUUAUAACGAGCUGAAUACCCAGAAAGCGUCCAACAUAAAACAUACAUACCUGUGCCAGGUGGACCAUAGAGAAUGACCCCCUUAGGGGGUUUUAUACCCAUCUCUUCAUAAUAUUCAGGAUGAGUGAGAGGAAGCUCUACAGAUUCCUACAGAACACAAGUAGUAAAAAUGAAAGGUUUUCUUAACUGAAAUUAGCAGCACCAUUAUUAACUGGCGUUGAGUAUAUCUCACUUUAAACAAAGUAAGUUAAACUUUAAUGAUUCAUUAGAGACAAUGUGCUUGAUUUCAACCAGCAGCAAGGACGUUUGUCCUACUUGAGCACCCAUGUCUUCUUUCUCACCAUACAGUUUCCCUCAUUUUCCAGUAGUAGUCAGACUUCCCAGACAUCUACUAUAGCUCUUCUUGAGCAAAACCAACUUCAGAAAGCUAAAAUUCGGGGGUCUCCCUGGUGGCGCAAGGGGUUAAAUCUCAGCACUACG